GGUGGGUCCGCUUGGCGGCUUCCGAGCCUGCGGGAUUUUUAAUUUUUACUUUUUAAUGUGCGUGUUUGGAGAUUAUUGGGAUUUCAAGGAAGCUCAAAGACUCUGAAGAAGGGGAGAGGAGAAGAGUGGCGAAUAAAAGAGAAAGAGGCCAGAAGGAGAGAGGCUUUGCUGGAGAAGCCGUUGGAGAGGUGGAAAUGUCCUGCCCCUGCUGCAGCUUGAUUAAAUACCUCUUCCUAGCCCUGCUCUUGCAUGGGCUGGGAGAAGGUUCUGCGCUUCUUCAUCCAGAAAGCAGGUCCCACCCUCGAUCACUAGAGAAGAGUGCAUGGAGAACAUUCAAGGAGUCACAGUGUCAUCACAUGUUGAAACAUCUUCAUAAUGGAGCCCGAAUCACUGUUCAGAUGCCUCCCACCAUUGAGGGACACUGGGUCUCCACUGGUUGUGAAGUUAGGUCAGGCCCAGAAUUCAUCACAAGAUCCUACAGAUUCUACCACAAUAAUACAUUCAAGGCCUACCAGUUUUACUAUGGAGGAAACCGCUGUACAAACCCAAUCUAUUCCUUAGUUAUCCGUGGUAAAGUUCGCCUCCGGCAAGCAUCCUGGAUUAUUCGAGGAGGGACUGAAGCAGAUUACCAGCUGCAUAACGUGCAGAUCAAUAGCCACACUGAGGCAGUUGCUGAAAGACUAAGUCAGCUGGUGAAUCGGACUUGCCCCGGAUUUGUACCAGAAGAUAAACCCUGGGAGCAGAAUGUGAGCUACGACUUAUGGAGAGAAGAGAAUGGUUAUGAAUGCACCAGAGCACUGAAUUUCGCUAUGCAUGAACUGCAGCUCAUCCGUGUAGAGAAACAGUACCUGCACCACAAUUUAGAUCACCUAGUGGAGGAACUGUUUCUUGGAGACAUCCACACGGAUCCUGCUCAGAGGAUGUAUUAUCGUCCAUCCAGUUACCAACCUCCUCUGCAGAAUGCGAAGAACCAUGACCAUUCAUGUAUAGCCUGCAGGAUCAUCUAUCGGUCAGACGAACACCACCCUCCAAUUUUACCUCCAAAGGCGGAUUUGACUAUUGGAUUACACGGGGAAUGGGUGAGCCAGCGCUGUGAAGUGCGUCCUGAAGUGCUCUUUCUGACUAGGCACUUCAUCUUCCAUGACAACAACCAUACCUGGGAAGGCCACUACUAUCAUUAUUCUGAUCCGGUCUGCAAGCACCCCACUUUCACUAUCUAUGCCAAGGGUCGCUACAGCAGAGGGAUACAUUCCUCCAGAGUGAUGGGUGGAACAGAAUUUGUAUUUAAAGUGAAUCAUAUGAAAGUUACACCUAUGGACAUAGCUACAGCCUCUCUACUGAACGUCUUCGAUGGAAAUGAGUGUGGAGCAGAAGGAUCAUGGCAAGUGGGUGUGCAGCAAGAUGUCACCCACACCAAUGGCUGUGUCGCUCUGGGGAUCCGCCUACCUCACACGGAGUAUGAGAUCUUCAAAAUGGAGCAGGACGCCAAGGGGAGAUACUUGCUGUAUAAUGGGCAGAGGCCAAGUGAUGGAUCCAGCCCAGACAGACCAGAGAAGAGGGCCACGUCUUACCAAAUGCCCUUAAUUCAAUGCACUUCUUCAGCACCCCGAGCAGAUGGAACACUAGAAGAAAAUAAACUUGGAUGGUACAGUAGUGGCUCACCAGCAAGGAAUCUAUUUGCAUUUUUUUGGGCUGUGAUGCUGGCUAGUUGUACUGUGCCACACUUGGGCAUUCACAGCUAGAAAUAAAUUCUGAAAUGACUUCAAUCAGGACAGUGUAGGAUUUGGGAUACAUGGGAAUGUGGGAGGCAUCUUUUCAGACAGAAAAAGGACUUUUUAUGCACUUCAGUGCCUGAGAACUGUAGUUCAUUUCCUCUUUCCCUCUCUUUGAAUCAUGAACAGCACUCACUUGUUUCUGCUUUGAACUUCAUCCAGUCUGUUCUAUGGCCUAACAUGACUCACAACAGUAAUUGCACUUUAGGACUGCAGUCUCUUUCCUUUCUUUAUUUCUUUUUUUUUUUAAACCCUACUAGAAUGAACGAAAAUAUUUUAUCCAACCUUUCUUCUGCCAACUUUGCUGUUGCAGUCCAUCCGACCCAUAACAUCAGUUUCUGCUUGGAAUUUAAUUAUCAGGAAUUAUGCUUUUAUCGUAUUGUGUCAAUACUGGUAAAUUGCAUCAUUCUUAUGCUACAAUUUGUAUAUAUGUAUAUAUGAAAAACCCAACCAAGGAUUUAUCUAAAUACACAUUUAUAGAAUUUACAUAAAAUAGUAUGAUUUUUGGAGACAAGAAUACUGACUGGAAAAAUUUCUGUUUAAACCUGCAAAGAUAAAUUAUAUAUAUAGAAUUUAAAAAUAAUCAAAGAUACGUGACACCAGCAUUCCCUUAGUGUGGCUCAAAGCAUAACAGUUUAAUCAUUUCCUGGGCUUCACCAACUGGUCAUAAUCAAGAAACUAAGGAAAAAGGAAACAGGGCCAAAAACGGGUAUAGAAAUGGCAAGUUUUCAAACAUCUCUUGUACAAGAUAGGUUAAAAAAGAAUUCAGAUUAGCUGUGGUAGAGAAUAACAAUUUACAGAAAGUCAAAUGAAAGCCAAAUUAUAAAAUUUAUUUGACUUGACAAAGUAGAGAAAUAAAAAAUUAAAUGACAUUUCUUUCCUGGGUAUCGAACAGGGUGUCAUAUCUUUUUCUUUAGAAUCACAAUAGCCCCUUUACCUAAUACCACAAUGACAAGGCUCAGAUACGUUUCCCAUACAUGUUAUUGUACUGACAUCUACCUCAGUUGUUGACAUUGUGAGGCAGCUUCAAACCAUGAUAUAGAAAGUAAUGAUGGACUAUGCCCAUGCAUAAGGUAAACCACAAAGUUGGACAAGGCCAUUUGCAUAAUAGAAGUUCUUUCACCUUCUGAGGUCAUUCUGUGGACUACAGACAUUCCCAUUGUAACAGCAAGCAAAGUGGCUAUCAUGAUCUCCAUUACUUGUUUCACAGAGUGAUCCUAUGGCUCUGAAACGUCAUCUGGGAGCACCAUGGGAUACUUUGGCUUUGCAGCUCUGAGCUCAGUCACAGCAUUUGGAGUGUUCCCUUCAUCCGUUCAGCCGCCACAGAAACUACUGUACCAGCUGCCUCUUUGAGGUUGGAAAAGUGACCUCAGAGAGGGGAUAAAAUGGACUUUUGGGGGAAGGGGAGGAGCCUGGGUCUAACCACACCGGUUUCCUGCCCUCCCACUGAGCUUCUCAACCAGAAUCAUCUCUGCCACCCCUCCCACUCUGUGCUGAAUGCUCACAACUCUCGGGUUGCAAGCACUGAGGGUGCCACCCAUAAGAUUGGGCCCUAAAGGACUAAACAAGAAACUAUCUGGCCAUUUCUUCUGUUUGCCAACAUACACUAAAGGCUAUAUUUGAGUUUUCAAAUCUUGGAAAGAAAUGAGUGAAAAUGAAGUAACACAACCAGGUUUGCCUGAUAAGGGCCCUGCUGGAUCAAGCUAAAAGCCCAGCUAGCCCAGGAUUUUGUUCUACCAGUCACAGUCAGGACAUGAUCACAAUAGCUCCUUCCUGCUCCUUAACAGCUAGCAUUGUAAAACAUUUUCUCUUUGAUACUGGAGGCAAUAUUUACUCGUCAUAACUAAUAGCCAUUGGUAAACCUGCACUUGUCUAACCCCGUCCAAAU